UUAGACAUUCCCCAAGAGGCAAUAGGGAAGGCCAUAGCUCUGUCACUACUCUCCUCCCUCGUCCUCUUCCCCUCCUCCUCCACUUUACCCCUCUCUCUCUCUCUCAUAUCAGAUCUCAAGCUAAGCUGAGGUGGUUUCUCUCUUGGAGUCGCCAUGGCGGCGCGAUCUCUGCUCUCUGCUCUGCUAGUGGCGUUCGUGCUUACACAGCUUCAUAGUGCUCGCGCGCUUACGCUGUCGUCGAGGCUGAUACACCGCUUCUCCGACGAAGCGAAGACGCUUCGGAUUUCGAGGAAUGGAGACCAGGCCUUAGGUCGGUGGCCGCAGAGGAGCACCAUGGGCUACUACCACCUGCUCGCAAGCAUCGACUUCCAGAAACAGAAUAUGAAGCUCGGCUCUCGCCGGCACUUCCAGUUCCUCUUCCCCUCUGAAGGUGGCAAUACGGUGUCGUUUGGCAACGACUUGGGCUGGUUGCAUUAUACGUGGAUUGAUAUAGGGACGCCCAAUGUUUCGUUUCUGGUUGCAUUGGAUACUGGGAGUGAUCUGCUUUGGGUUCCAUGUGAUUGCAUACAAUGCGCUCCUCUGUCCGCGACUUACUCUACUACUCUGGAUAGGGAUUUACACGAGUACAGCCCAUCUGGUUCAAACACCAGCAAGCAUGUAUCUUGCAGCCAUGAGUUAUGUGAAUCUGGUCCAAAGUGCAAGAAUUCGAAGCAGACAUGCCCUUACACUAUUGAGUACUACACAGAAAAUACAUCAAGUUCUGGAUUGCUUGUGGAGGACAUAUUACACUUAGCAGCUGGCGGUGAUGAUGCAUCAACAGCUUCUAUUCGAGCUCCUGUUAUCAUAGGAUGCGGUAUGAAGCAAAGUGGUGGUUACCUGGAUGGAAUUGCUCCUGAUGGUCUUAUGGGUCUAGGACUUGGACAGACUUCAGUUCCUACUUUACUUGCUAAAGCGGGAUUGACCAAGAACUCUUUCUCGAUUUGCUUUGACGAGGACAGUUCUGGGAGACUACUAUUUGGGGACCAGGGUCCAGCUACACAACAAUCUACAUCCUUCCUGCCUUCUAAUGGAAAUUAUGAAAUGUAUAUCGUUGGUGUGGAAGCAUGCUGUAUUGGCAAUUCUUGCCUUAACCAGACAAGCUUCAAAGCACUGGUUGACAGUGGGACAUCAUUUACAUUUCUUCCAGAAGCAGUGUACGAUAAAAUUGCAAUGGAGUUUGACAGACGAGUAAAUGCAACAGUUGCUAACUAUGCAGGAUCUCCUUGGAAGUACUGCUAUAAUACGAGUUCUCAAGAUCUGCCCAAAGUGCCUUCUGUGACGCUUAUGUUCCUUGCUAACAACAGUAUUGUGGUCCAUGAUCCUGUUUUUCUGAUACACGGUGAUCAGGGAGUUAUUGGAUUCUGUUUGGCCAUACAGCCAGCAGAGGGAGAUACUGGAACGGUUGGACAGAACUUCAUGACGGGAUACCGGACAGUAUUCGAUAGGGAGAACUUGAAGCUAGGUUGGUCGCGUUCAAAUUGCCGAGAUCUGAAUGAUGUUAAAAGUAUGCCCCUAGCAUCUCCAAAAGGCACACCACCAAAUCCCUUGCCAACAAAUGAGCAGCAGAGCACCCCCGGUGGGUUUGCUCCUGCUGUUGCUGGAAGAGCUCCCUCAAAACCAUCAGCUGCAUCGAGUCGGCUCAUCUCAUCCCAGAUUCCUUCGUUGAGAUUAUUGUCUCUACUGCUUAGAUUAUGUCUUAUCAUCUUCGUAUUCUAGAAGGAUGCCACUGCCACCAUAUGUACCUCUGCAUCGGGUUGACAUCUACGUAGUCUUACAUGUAAAUCGGGGGUUUUCUUUUCCUUUUCCUGCCCCCGGAAUACAUAAAAAUAUAGAGCAGGUCUGAUAUCCAUUGGCAUCAUUUUUUUCAGUGAUCGUGCGUCAUUGGAUUUAAAUGGGGCUUCUAGGGACAUGCAUUGUUUGUAGCUUUUCCUGUAUUAAGAUAUAUAUCCUCGAACUUA